AUAGCUGCUACUAACUGAAGUUUAAAUUGCAGCUCAAAAACGCCUGGACAUGUACAGUAUUUCACUUUAAAUAAGAAACAAUUCUUGAAACACUUAUUAUUACUGCAAAACCUUCCUUCUCAGGAAUGAAUCAGACUUUAAGAUGAAGUCAUUAUUUUUGUUAUUGUGGGUGUUAGGCACCUCCCUAUCCUCCCCUAUAAUACAACAGGGCAUUAAGUCAACAUCAAUUAGAAAGUCAGAUUAUCCAUUGAAAGCACCCCGACCAUCUGCUCUAUCAUCUGCUCCAUCAUCUCCUCAAGUUGUGGUCAUUCCAGGGGAUCAAAAUCAGCAACCACCCUCAUCCACAUCCUCCUUAGGUUCAAAUAUCUUUGUUAUUCGCCCAUUUGCAAAAUCUGAGUCUAAGAAAUCAAAGGAUGCUGCACAGCCAUCACCUAUAACUCGUAUUAUAGGUAACCAAGGCCCAGGAUCAGGAAAUCAACCAAAUGUAUUUGUCAUCAGCCCAUGUCCUCCCAGUGGCAGGGGAGGUGAAGCUGGUCCCAGAGCUGGUAUGCAAGCACCACCACCAGUACCACCUCCAUCUCCUCCUGCUGCUGGGUCUCCUAUCUAUAUUUUCCCUCCAUCUGGACGAUCUUCUAAGGGUGAAUCAGGAAAGCAGAGCCAACCUCCAGCACAAGCACCAGUGCAAGCUCCUGCGGCAUCCCCAGCAAUGCCUAACAUCUUUAUCAUUUCACAAGGCCCAGCAGGAGGAGAAUCAGCUCAAGCAAAGACUCCUGCCCCAGUGCCAGCUGCACCUCCUCCACCAGCACCUGUUCAGCCAUCACCUCCCAUAUUUAUCUUUCCUCCAUCUGGUGGGUCAGACUCAGCAGGAAAAGGAGGGGGACAGCAAAAACCUGUACCACCACCACCUCCUGUGGCUCCUCCACCCCCUCCACCUCCUUCCAUAUUUGUGUUUGCUCCACCUAGUGGUGGUUCCGAAGCAGCAGAUUCUGCUGGAUCACAUACAGAAGUUCCACAUCAAGCAGCUCCAGCACCAGCUCCAGCAAUGCCAGGCCCACCCAUUUUUAUAUUUCCACCAUUUUAUGACGGAAAUGGUGGUAAUGGAGAAGAGGAAAGAGGAGAUGGAGGAGGAGCUCAUGCAUCUGCUGCAAUACCGCCUGGUGGUACUGGUGGUGCUUCCCAAGCACCAGCUCCAGGGACUCCAAUUGUCAUUUAUCCACCAGAUGGCUCUGGACCUGGUGGUCCUGUGGUUCAGUCUGCUGGACCAGGGUCCCCUUUUAUCAUCUUUCCACCAUCCUCUGGUUCCCCAGGUGGUUCUCUGCCAGGAUCGAAACCAGCUCCAGGACAAGGACCUAUAGCUGGAGCAGGAGGUGGUGGUGGUGGUGCUGGUUAUGGUGGACCAGCAGGUGGAUCAUCCCCAUCUUCACCUAGUGCUCCAGGAGCACCAUUUGUCAUAGUUCCAGGUGAUGGUAGUGGUUCAGGUGGUCCUGUGGUUCAAGGAGGAGGAUCAGGUUCCCCAUUUGUUAUUUUCCCUGGUUCUGCUGGACCUCAGGGUGGUUCCACUGGAACCUCUGGACGAGGUGAUAAUGGAGGUCAAACGAUGUUUUUCACAUCAAUGGGAGGGGGUGGUGCCCCUGUGGGAUAUGGUGGGGGAGGAGGAGGAGCUGGUGGAAGUGCAGGACCAACUGGUGGAGGUCCAUCUAAGCAGCCACCAAUAUUCAUGAUUCCUCCUUAUGGUUCACCAUCUUCUGGAGGAUCAGGGGCUGCUGGAGGAGGAGGAGGAGGAUGGGGGACUGGGUUUGGUGGAGGAGCUGAUGCAGGUGCAGGGCCAACUGGUGGAGGCCCAUCUCAACAACCACAAAUAUUUAUGAUACCUCCUUAUGGUUCAUCAUCUUCUGGAGGAGGGGGAGGUACUGCAGCUGGUUUUGGUGGAGGAGGUGCUGCAGGUGGAGGACCAUCUCAACAAUCACCUCCUGUAUUUAUCAUCAAUCCAUUUGGUUCAUCACCUGCUGGAAAACCAGAAGGGCAAGCACAUUCUUCUUCCUCGAGUCCUCCAAUUUCAUCUGCUUCAGCUCCUGGAGCACCAAUUGUCAUAUUUCCACCUGAUGGUUCUGCUUCAAGUGGUCCUGUUGUUCAGUCAGGUGGCCCCGGCUCUCCAUUUCUUAUUUUCCCUCCUGGUGGAUCUCAAGGAGGUGCAAAAUCAAAUGGCAAGUCUCAGUCAUCAGGCCCUGCAGCUGGUAAAGGUGGAGGUGCAGGUGCAGGUGGGGGAUCUAGUCCACAAAUAUUCAUCUUCCCAUUGGAUGGCUCCGGCCCAACAAGUAUAUUUCCUGAAGCAGCUGAUGGAUCAUUCCAGAAUGGAAAUGCAGGAAAUGGGGGUGAUGGCUCAGAAUCUUCUGCACCCCCUGGUUCACCCCAAAUUAUCAUGCUCCCUUCUUUUUAUGAAGCCAGUGCUCCACCAGCAAGUCCAUUACGUGCGCCGCUAAGUUUGUCAACAAAACAGUUUGGUGCCUCAAAAUCAUCAUCUUCUAAAUCAUUCACAAAGCAAUUAUCCACCUUGGCCAAUAUGAAACUAAUAAAGUCCCCACAGCAAUUAAGAGCCUUAAGCCGCAAAACACCAAUGAGUAGACCCAAGAAAAGAUAAGAAGAAUAAAAAGGUAAGAUCAUGGAAGGAGCCUCAAUUGUACAGAUGCAAAAUUGUGGGCAGAAAGGGAACACAGAUACAAACAUUACUUCAAAUGCUGUACAAUUAUAGAAUUUCCACUGUAUUGUGAUUUUUUUUCUUUGCAUAUUACUCAUAUGAGAAGUGAAUGCUAUCAUUUUUUUUGUUUCUAAUAAUAGUUGAAAAAACAUCAGAUAUCAAUUAAUCAGUUACCCAAAAACUCUACACUUCACCAAGCAAAAAAAAUAGACAAUGGAGUUUUUUGAAUUGCAUUGUUUUUUGGCAAUGUGCCAUUUUCACUAACGGUAUUACAUUUAAUAUAUUUUAACAGUGCAUGAACUAUAAAAUUAUCUUUUUCAUGCAUAAUUAAUAAUCAAAAUGCAUUUACAUUAUUUUGAAUACUGUUCCAGUUGCUUCAGUAAAAUAAAAAUGUGUUGUAUGCCGAUGUAACAACCUUUCUGGUGGCAAAAAAUGUGUACAUUUUUAAAAAGAGCUUUAAAUAAAAACCAAUCAUUAAUCAGA